AUGUCUGGCGACAUUCUGCAACACUUCAGCGCCUUGACCUUGAACAUCAAGCACCUCAGCCGCCUCCCUCGCUUGUCAGACCUAAUACCUUCCUCCCUGCUGCCGCCCAGCCCCAACGUUAUCACCUUCAAGGUCCCCAGCCUGUUCCGAGAACCCUACAUCCUAUCAGGAUACUGUCCCAUCCAACAGGAUCGGUUCUGCUACCUCCUGAGCCUCUUCCAGAGACACAAUGAAUCCCUGAACGUGUGGAUUCAUUUGCUUGCAGGUCCUGUUCUGCUGCUCCGCUGGUGGGCCAACAUAGGCGCCCUGGGGUACACCUUGGACCUGGCAUCCCUACCUCUGAGCCUAUCCUUGGUGUCUUCUUUCCCCUAUCUGUUCUUUAGUGUGGCAGCUCACAACUUCCAGUCUCACUCUAUACAAUCACACUACUUCUUCUUCAUGGACUAUGUGGGUGUAGCUGUGUAUCAGUAUGGUUGCUAAAUUGGACAUUAUUUCUACACAUCAUUGCCAGCAGGGAGGGAAAGCUGCAUAGGGCUGUUGUUUCUGCCUGGAGCUACCUUCUUUGGAUGGCUCUCCUGUGCUGGCUGCUGUUACGCUAAGGCCAGGUAGAGGCAGCCAUAUCCACUGCGGUGUAAGAUCUGCCAGCUAAUGCCUACCACCCUAGCCCUGCUGGACAUUAGCCCGGUAGCCUACCGCCUGUUCACCGUCUCCUGGACACAAGAGCCCUCACUGCCCUUCCAUGUCAUCCAGAUUGCUUCCUUCUUGCUGUCUGCCCUCUUCUUCUCCUGUUCCAUCCCUGAGCGCUUCUUCCCAGGCCACUGUGACUUUGUGGGCCCGGGUCACCUGAUCAUCUACCUGUUUCUGUCCCUGUGUACCAUGUUCCAUCUGGACCAGGACCAAUCCAGGCAGAAUAGGAUUUAA